ACUCGGGCCACCCCAUUUGAAGAUCUAUUUUCAAAAUGUUGGCGGCUUGCGUACUCGACUAACUGACUUCAAGCUUGCCGCUAUAUCCUCGGAUUAUGACGUUAUUGUUAUCGUCGAAUCAUCUUUAAACGAAUCUUUUUUUGAUGGUGAGGUUGCUCUUCCUGGAUACCAAGUUUUUCGGAAAGAUAGAAGCCUAUCUACUAGCUUUAAGUCUAGAGGAGGUGGUGUCCUUAUGUUGGUGAGGGAUUCCUUGAGUCCUCGACUUGUUGUGAAUAACACACAUGUGGUGGAACACUUGUUUGUAUGCAUUAAUUGGUGUAGUAAAUCGUAUAUAUUGGGUGGAACUUAUAUACCACCAAACUCGCCUGACACGAUAUACGAGUCUCAUGCGCGCGCUGUUGAGGAACUUUACUAUGAACAUCCCGACGCAUUAUUCCUGUUGUGCGGAGAUUACAAUCUCCCGGGAGGUAGGUGGGCUGAUGAAAGAUUCGUGCUGUGUGAACCUGGAAAUGUGGGUGAGUGCUUCUCCGAGUGUUGUGAUUUUAUGGAACUUUCCCAGAUGAACCGCCUGCCUAACAGCCGUGGUAUCUUUCUGGACCUGAUAUUUUCAUCGGACAAUAAAGUUUUAGUGGACUAUGCAGGUGAUACGCUUCUCGAAAACUCUGUUCAUCAUUUUGGUUAUUCAAUUGUUAUACCACGUUCUGAUCACUUUUGUGUAUCUGAUCUAACUGACUCUGAUUCCCUCACUUAUGAUUUUAAGAAUUGUAACUAUACUGAACUCAACAAUUAUUUUCACUCUGUUGAUUGGAGUUUUUGCAGUAGUUUUGAUAUUGAUAGAGCGGUUGCCUACUUUUAUCAUGUAGUGUAUAAUGGGAUUGAAAUGUUUGUUCCCAAGCGGGUCCGAGGACGUGGUACAUUUCCCCAUUGGUUCAGUAAAGAGUUGAAAAUUUUGAUUAAGAGAAAGAAGAAGGCUCAUGCUCGCUUUAAAGCCUCCAACUUACCCGAUGAUUAUGAGGUGUUUCGUGACUUACGCAAUCAGUGUAAGAUUGAGAGCAGAAAGUGUUUUGACACUUACUGCCUAUUCCUCGAGUCUAGAAUAAGAUCAGAUCCUAAAUUCUUUUGGAAACACAUAAGUAGACUUAAGGGAACCACCAAUCUUCCUGAUAAAAUGUCUUUCAGCGGAGUGGAGAGCUCGAACAGUGGGGAGAUUUGUGAAUUGUUCGCUCAAUUUUUUGGAGAAGUUUUCAUCCAUGAGGAGAUUGUCCCUCCUCCAGUAGAUAUUCCAGAAACCGUCGACUUCAAUACUUUGUCAUUUUCUCUAGCCGAAGUUUUUGAUGGCAUAUCUGGGCUGAAGUGCACCUACUCUUGCGGGCCUGACAGCAUUCCAUCAUUCUUGCUGAAGCAGUGCAUUUUUAGUCUGUCUGCACCACUGUGCGAUCUGUUUAAUAAUUCUUUAAAAGAAUUUGUAUACCAUCUGUUAUACCUAAGCUCUUCGAUAAGUUAGUUUGUUCUUCUCUAACUUUGAAAUGUGCUGCCACAAUUAUCAAUGAACAGCACGGUUUUGUGAAGUCGAGAUCCACUGCUACCAAUUUGUUGAUGUUUGUUGAUAGUGUUACGUCUGCUAUGGAGGGUGGCGGCAGUGUUGAUUGUAUUUAUACUGAUUUUCGGAAGGCAUUCGACAGGGUUAACCAUAAUUUAUUGUUGAAUAAGCUCAACCUCAUGGGUAUCAGAGGUAGUCUUUUUGGUUGGAUCGAGAGCUUCCUGCGUGGUCGUCGUUACUCUGUCCGAUAUAAGAACUCUUUUUCUUCGUUCUUUUUUGCUCCUUCUGGGGUGCCACAAGGCAGUCACUUGGGACCUAUACUAUUUCUCUUAUUUAUUAACGAUGUCGCUGCUGUUUUGUCGGGUUGUUUGUUUCUGCUGUUUGCUGACGAUAUAAAGAUUUUCAGGGCCAUCUCCACUACUGACGAUGCCCUCGCUUUGCAGCAUGCCCUUGACCUGUUCUACAUUUGGUGUGAGCUUAACAGAUUGUCGUUAAAUAUUGAUAAAUGUCACCUUAUAUCAUUUCAUCGCUCCCGAGCCCUAGACCAUAGUUAUCAUAUCGACAACUGUUGUUUGCAGAGAGUGAGUGAGGUUCGGGACCUCGGUGUAUUGUUGGACUCUAAGUUGACUUUCUGCAGUCAUAUGUCUGAGGUUAGGAAGAGGUGUAUGCAGCUGCUCGGUUUUAUUCAGCGAAAUGGCAGGUUCUUCACGGUUGAAACUUUCAGGUUGUUGUAUUGCACAUUUGUUAGAAGUAUUGCUGAGUAUGCCUCUGUUGUGUGGUCGCCGUCGUACGUCACUCACAUCGCCUCUCUCGAGAGAGUUCAGAAUAGGUUUCUGCGUAUGUGUGCAUUCAAGUUGGGUCUCUCAUUUCGGCACCUGGACUAUGAAGCAGCGAGGUCCUCUCUACGCUUGCCCUCUUUGGAGUCGAGGAGGUUACUCCUGGAUCUUUUGCUUGUCUACAAGUUGUUGAAUGGCAUGAUUUAUUGCCCUGAAUUGUUGUAUAAGUUUAAUUUUUGUGUUCCGUCAUUCAACACUAGGAGCAUGAAUAUUUUUUACCAGGAGACACCCCAUACAAACUACCGUAAACACUUUUUUUUACACCGCGUCACGGAGCGUUUUAAUGUUAUGUCUCCUCUUUUGAACUUGUUUGGGACCUCACUUGACCGUUUUAGAUGUGAGGUGUUACUCGCUUUAGGCUAGAAUAUUGCCAUUUUUGUGAAUUUCAUUGUUUUGUUUGUGAUUUACUGAUAUAUGCUUAUUUUGUGAUUGUAAUUAUUGUUCAAUUUUUAUUUUCAAAUGGGUUGUACCGUUUAAUGUACUGAGCAAUGCUCAUGUUCAUAAAUAAAUAAA